ACGACCAUUUGGUGUAGUACAAGUAUCAGCUUGCAUUCUGAUCUAUUAAUAACCAAUGCUAAAGUAGUUAAGUACCAAACGUGUGACUUGUGUCCAUGAAGGAACCUUUGAUUUUGACGUGUGAUAUUUACAUCAAAGAGAACUGAUGAUUUACAGUACUCUGUGACUCCCACCUUAUCCAGUGAAGGGUGCCAUGUCAAAGGACACAUUUCCUUUCACUCCCACCUCCCUGCGCUCCCUGAGACUGGAGCGGGAGCUUCAGGAUUGGGAAGAUGCCCGGCGAGCGUUGGCUCACAGGAGAGCAAUGACCAGGGCCCCGCUGCCCCGGGCCCCCAGGCCUCCUCCCAGGCAGCAGCGGCUCCAGCAGGUGCGGGCCCCUCCCCCCCAGGCCCGUUGCAGAGACACGGCCGUCCACAACACCUUCAUGUGCGGGGACAUGAAAGGAGUGUACGCGGUGCUGAAGGACCCCGCCAUGGUCAACGCCUUGAUGGAGACGGCGCAGGAGGAGAUGACGUGGGCCCCGGAGAUGGGCAUGUGGACACUGAGCUCCAGGGUGAAGCAGACCUCGGCGCUGCGCCUGGCGGCCUGCAGAGGAUGCGCCGGGGCCGUGGAGGAGCUGCUGUUUCGCGGGGCGGAGGUGAACGCCGACCCCGGAGGAAGGACGGCCCUCCACGACGCCUGCGCGGGCGCCCACGACGCCUGCGUCCAGCUGCUGCUUUCUCACGGGGCCGACCCCCGAGUGGUGGCCGCGGACGGCAGCGCCCCUCUUCACCUCUGCACCUCCGCCCAGUCGCUCCAGUGUGCCGGGUUGCUGAUCGGCGGAGGCGCCGACGUCAGCGCGAAGACGAGGGAGUCGAGGCUCACACCUCUGCACGUGGCGGCCCGCCGCGGCCUGGAGGAGCACGUGCAGCUCUUCCUCGCCCACGGAGCAGACGUGUUGGCCACAAAUCAAGAGGGGGAGACCCCUCUGAACGCCGCGUGCGCCGCCGCCGAGAGGCCCUCCGAGGCCGGCCGCUACCUGCGCGUGGUUCAGAAGCUGCUGAGCGCGGGAGCCGACCCCAGAACGGCGGGCAGGAAGCGGCACACCCCUCUGCACAACGCCUGUGCAAACUGCUGCCCCCGGAUUGUGGACGUCCUGCUGCAGCAUGGGGCCGAGGCACAUGUCGCCAACUGUGCGGGAUACACGCCGAUGGACUGUCUGAUACAGGUGGUUGAAGAUUAUCCCGGCCAGCAACCGGAGGCAAUAGCACGGUCACUUCUGAACCAUGGAGCUGAGCCGGUUUCACCAAAGAUGUUGAAGCUGUGCGCCCUCUCUCCUGCCACCCUGGAGGUGAUGCUGAACUCGUACACGUCCAUCCCUGCCUGCGAGUGGAUGGACUCUCUCCCCGCCGAGCUCCACCAGGAGCACCGGCCUUUCUUCGACUUGGUGCGCCAGCGGAGCGCACAGCCUCGCUCUCUGCAGCACCUCUGUCGCUGCGCCGUACGCCUGCGCCUGGGAGGCCGAUGUGUCCCGGCGGUCCGUGACCUCGACAUCCCCGGGUCCACGAGGGAUUACCUGCUGCUGAGAAACGACGGGACUCUCCUGUGACGUCACACUAUGGGAAGACUGGAAAUAAAUAAUUUCACUGGAUCUUUUGGAAAAUAUCAAUUAAUACAACUUGAGCACCGGUUUGAUUAUGAUUAAUUGACUAUAAGUUGAUUUUUAUUAUUUGCAUUGGUUAACCCUAAUUUCAGCAACAUUGCAUACAAACUUAAUUACUGCAUUGAAAAGCGGACAAAAAUAACCACAAGACAUUAUUCAUAUCGUAUUUGGAAUACAGGAUCUGCACAAAUGGAUUACUUUAUGGGGAAAAUGCUACAACAAUUAGUGCAACUAUCACAUAAAGAGAUCAGUGC